AUGCACGAUCCACAUUUGCAUAGAGCCCUCUUCUCCUGCUCAAAACAGGAUUUGCAUACUUUCUCCCCAUUUAGAGGGUUUCACACUCGCCAACUCAAUCCGGCUACAGGUCCAUUUUGUAGGCAUCAACCGAGCACGGUCGAACCGGCCUCGUGCCGCCCUGAUCCUACACGUUGCCCGCGUCACAUGGACCUGGUCAUGUGUUGUCAUCACAGCAACCGGACAACCCCAGUCCGUUCAUCCAUCCAUGGCCUUCACGACCGUCGGGCGGCUGCUAAUUACAAGCCAACCGCUUGUGGGUCACCACGUGAGAGGCCAACUUGCGGCCAGCACGCAACUCAAAUGAACCAUGUCAACGCAAGGCGUCCAGUCUGA